AUGAACAGGUACGGACACUCCUUGACGUACUUGUCCCAGUCGGCGCCCAUACUUGUACCAUCCGUCGGUGAGCAGAACAGAGCCGUUGGCGCAUUUGAUAUAUUUUGGGUUUUUGAGCACCUGGUGCGGCAGAUACGGGAACGACUUCCGGAUCGUGGUGUCCCCGGCCAUGGUUUUGCGGAACGAAUUUUUCUGGCCGUUGCAUGUGUCGAAGAAGUAGUAUGCCGUGAGCAGCAGGACAAAGCAGAAGGUAUUGUACGCCGCCGACCACUGGUACUCCUGCGGGUGGUGGUAGUACAGGUACAGAGUUCCGUGGCAGUACGUGUAUGGCACGCCGGCGAUGUUCCAGAAGAUGAGCAUGAAGCCGAACUUUUCGUACGCCAUGUCCCAGGUCGGCACGAUGAGCUCCUCGCCCUUGGAGCACGCGUUGGCGUACAGAUAGUGGGCCAACAGCAUGAACAGAGCCUGCGGAGACACGGAGCCGUACUGCUCGUACUGUUUGAGACACAUGCCGUAGGUGAGGAAGAACAGCGUGUACCACGGCAGUCUGACCUCGAAGAACAUUUUCAGGUCGAUGAGGCCGAUUCUAGGGUUGAGAGAAGCACCCAUGAACAUGUCGUACAGGUGGUUGCCGGUCAUUCUGAGAUAGUCCUUGGUGACGAAGAGCGACCACAGGUAGAGGACAACGGAGAAGCCGAAGCCGGCGACGAUGGCACAGGUCAUGAUUUCGCCGAAAUUGUCGAGGAUGUAGUAGAUUUUGAAAAUGUCCAGAUAGUGCAGCAGCGAGGCCAGCGCGAAGGUGACGUAGAACGUGGCGUAGGCGUUGCAGAAGUACGGCAGCUGCUCGCCGUUUCUGUGCGCAAGCGGCUGGCCCUUUGUCCAGACUCCUGGCAGAGUGACGUAGAACACGGCCUGAACGAGCAUAAACGAGACAAACACAAGGACGGACGUUGGGGACGGAGAGGCGUACGUUUUCACGUAAUGUGCCAUUUCGCCGAGGAACUGGGCCCACGACUGGCCGUCCCCGGGCCAGGCAGGGCUGCCGUUGUAGAAGCGGGCCGAGAUCCACAUGUAGUACAUCAGCGACGGGAAGCCCACCAUCAUGGCAACCACGCCCGGAGGCCCGCCAAACUCCCAUUCGAUGUCCUUUUUGGACAGGUACUGGGGUUCUUUGGCGGCGGCAGCCGGCCCAGCGGCGUGCGACGCGGCCUGGUAGUCUGGUUUCGUGGAGACAGGUGUUUUUUUCGCCAUACCGGUGGAAAAAAAAAUAAUACACAAAAAUAG